GUAUUCAUGACAAGUCCUAAAGACAAUGAAGCUACAACACUGCGUCCUAACCCGGAGGAAAAUGCUAAUUUUUUCAGCAGAUGUGUUUUCUGGUGGAUUCAGGAUAUCCUAAAAAAGGGUUACAAAGCUCCGCUACAAGAAUCCGACGUAUUUGCCUGCCACACUAAAUAUAAAUCAAAAACUAUCACCGACCGCACAAAGUACUACUGGGACAAAGAACUGAAGAAAAGUUCACCUUCAUUAACCAGAGCGUUGUUCAAGUCCAAUGCCAAGGAACUCUGCAUUAUUCUCGCGCAAUGUUUUCUGGAAGGUUUCUUCUUCCUGGCCCCACCUGUACUCAUCGGCAGGAUUUCCUCCUAUUUCGACCCAGCCUCUACCACAACUCAAAAGGAAGCCCUAAUGUACGGUGGAAUGAUGUUUAUAGCUAACAUUCUCUUUAUAGGUCUGCGCAAUUUCUUGUAUUGGAACCUCCAUACACUUGGACCUUCUCUGAGAAUCCAACUGUCCUCUCUGGUAUACAACAAGGCGUGCAGGAUUAGCUUCUCAGCCCUUAGUAAAACUAGUAUUGGUCACGUGAUAACACUAAUGUCUAACGACGCUGAGCGCUUCAACGAGGGUUUAGUACCUCUUCACGCAGUGCUGAACGUCCCACUGACGCUAACAACAUCCUUCGUUCUUUCCUACUACACAAUCGGGUUAUACGCCACACUCACAGCUUUUGGCGCCGUGUUCCUUUUUGUUCCUCUUCAGUUUUACAUCGGAAAAGGAAUUCAAGUUUGCAGAAGGAAAACAGUAGCUCACACAGACAAGAGGAUAAAGCUGAUAGGGGAGACUAUAGCUUCAAUGAAGAUUAUAAAGAUGUACAAGUGGGAGUCUGUCUUCAAGAACUUCAUAUUUCGAGUAAGAGCACUAGAGACGAAGUACAUCAGUACCUUUAUGUUGCUGAAGAGCUCUAGUAUAGCUAUACAGAAGGCUUCACCGCUAGUUGGACUACUGGCUCUACUACUUACUAAAUACCUUACUGGAGAGACUGUCAGCAGUGAGAUGGUCUUCUUCUUCUUGGUUAUGGGAGAGUUGCUCAGGAAGAAUAUUAACUGGGGUCUUGGUGCUACCUUUCUGUAUGUGCCCCAGUAUAUUCACAGUAUUGGAAGAAUUCAGAAAUUUCUACUUCUCGAGGAACAAGAAACAGAUGACUCUGCAUUAUGUAUUGAAAAUGGGUCAGCUGGUUUGAGGGACAAUUCUGUGGUAGAAAAUGGUCAUGAAGGAAAUGGUCACGUGACUACCGGUAAAACCCCGCAAAAGGAAGAUCCUGAAGUUGCACUGAGAAUAAACCACCUGACCAGCACGUGGGGAGGAGAUAACAGUUUUAUCCUGUCUGACAUUAACCUGGAGGUUAAGAAGGGUGGUCUUGUUGGUAUCCUGGGGGCUGUGGGCUGCGGUAAAUCCUCUAUUAUCAUGUCCAUUAUAAAGGAGAUGGAUAGCGUUAAAGGUUCCAUCUAUUGUCCAUCUGCUAUUGGCUUUUACAGCCAAGUUCCGUGGAUCUUCAACGGUAGUGUUAAAGAUAACAUUUUAUUUAACCGACCAAUGAAUGAAAAGAAGCUGAACAGUAUAAUUGAGUCCUGCUAUCUCACACAGGAUUUAGAAGACCUUCCAAACGGUCUGAACACAAUAGUCGGAGAACGAGGUGUGCAGUUAUCAGGAGGACAGAGAGCCAGGGUGAGUUUAGCAAGAGUGGUGUACGGAGAGGAGAAUGUUGUUUUAUUGGACGACCCUCUCAGCGCAGUGGACACCAAGUGUGCUAGCCAUAUCUUCAACAGGUUGAUAAAGGGACAACUGCAGGACAAGACAGUAAUACUGGUAACUCACAACACAGAGUAUCUGUCUCAACUGGAUCAUAUCUACCUUAUGAACAGGGCAGUAAAGGAAGGAAGCAGUAUAGUGGGUAGGAUAGCAGAGCAUGGUACAUGGGAGGAACUGCACGACAAGGAUUUAAUAAAGGAGCAAACUAAACUGAGAGAAGAUGAAGACCAAAAAGAAAAAGAUACUGGGGAUACAAAGAAAGAGAAGAAAACAAAGCCGAAACAAGAAAAGGAGGAGCGUAAGACGGGGCUGAUAGAUAAGAGGAUGUAUUUCAAGUACUGGAACCUCUCUUUUGGGUUUAUCACAUUUCCCAUGAUCCUGAUAAUGGUAGCUGGAGCUCAGACAGUGAAGAUACUUCAGGAGGAAGAGGCCUUGACCUGGGUAGAGAUGGUGGAGAUGGGAGAGAGUGGAUCUGAUAACACUUUUAAAACUUACGUUGUGCUGGCCGUUGAGACAGUACUCUUCUACUGUCUUCUGGUCUUCUUUAUUGCUUAUGCCGGCACCCAGGCCUCCAAGGCUCUACACAACAUGGCAUUUUCUGGAAUAUUGAAAUCUCCCAUCCGUUUCUUUGACAUCACUCCAAUAGGAAUUCUGAUUAACCGGUUCUCAAAGGACACGCUAUUUUGUGAUGAGAGACUCUCGUUCGUAUCCAGUCAGUUUGCUACCAUGUUCACUGCAUUUGUAGCGUCAAUGAUAGUCCUGUGUAUCUCAAACUACUACUUCAUUCUCAUCUUACUACCUCUCCUACUGUUCAUGGCAAUGGUUCUCUACUUUUACCUCAAAACUUCCGUGGAAGUACGGCGAGUGGAAGCUAUAUUGCGGAGUCCAGUAAUGAGUCACGUGUCAGGGACGCUAAGUGGGAUGAGCACUAUCAGAGCAUCUAAACAGAUAGACGUGUAUAGAGAACAGCACUACAAGCUGAGAGACCGUCACACCAGUGCAGAUCUGAUCUUCAAAGCUACAGAGAGGUGGCUGUCGGUGAGGUUGGAUACCAUCGUAACUUUCAUCGGUUUCUUUGCUACCCUCGCUUGUAUCUACCUCCGUGAUGUGGUUGGAGCGAAAUUAGCAGGACUGGGAAUAGUUUACGUUCAGAACAGAAUGGGUGAAUUCCAGUACUGUAUCAGACUAAUGGCUGAGUGCGAGAAUUUGAUGACUGCAGUGGAGAGGAUAUUUAGUUUAGCAGAUUUACCACCAGAGGAAGACCCAGACGUUGAGCAUGACAAAGUAAUUGAGAACACAUCCCUCAGUUUGAAAGGUGUUGUUGAGUUUAAAGACGUGUCACUCCGUUACGACCAGUCACUCCCCUUUGUAUUACACAGUAUUAACUUUAAGACCAAGUCAUGUGAGAAGAUUGGUAUUGUGGGAAGAACGGGGGCUGGCAAAUCUUCUAUCAUUCAGGCUCUAUACCGGAUGUGUGAAGUACAGGGUAAAAUAGUUAUAAACGGCACGGAUACCUCUACCCAGUCCCUCAGUGAACUAAGGGGCUCUAUCAGCGUCAUACCUCAGGAAAGUUUAUUGUUUUCGGGCACGCUCAGAGACAACCUGGAUCCGUAUCAGAAAUUUUCAGACGAGAUCUUGUGGAAUACUCUAGAACAAGUUCAAUUGAAAUCCUACGUUUCUGGUAAGGGAGGAUUGACGACUCCUAUUGACGAGAUGGGAGGUAACAUGUCAGUAGGUCAGAGACAGCUUCUUUGUUUAGCUCGAGCUCUCCUCAAAGAUUCCUCAUUGUUGGUUAUAGACGAGGCAACUGCUAAUGUUGACCAGGAAACAGACGCAGCGAUUCAACAAACUAUCAGAACCUUCUUUAGUGAUAGGACAGUUCUAACCAUCGCUCAUCGACUUAACACCAUCAUUGAUAGUGACCGGAUUAUGGUGAUGGAUGGUGGAAAUCUGGUUGAGUUCGACACUCCCGACACUUUACUCAGUGACACUUCCUCCUUGUUCUACAGCCUCGUUCACGGAGCAGACCAAGGGUCUUCUUAAUCUAAUUAGUAGUAAUCAGUUAAUUAUUUGAAUUUUUAGCAUGGAUUAUCAAUUUGAACUGGAACUUGAUAUUUUAUAGAGAUAAUUUCUUUUACCGUCCGAGAACAAUCGUCAUUGUUUACGAGAACAAUCAUCAUAAUAUGAGUCCUGUCAGUUAUAUUGAGAUGUCAGAGUCAUUAUUUUAGAUUUAAUUAGUUUUUACGUUUUUUAAUAUACUCACAGUUUAUUAUCAUUAUACAGAUCAGUUUUAAUUUAGUAAUUUAUUCUCAGCGUUAUUCUAAUAACUUAAGCAUUCUUUACUUUUAUUAUGACAUUUAGUUUCUUUGUUUUAAUACCGUGCCCUAAUUAUGUUAACUGCAGUGGGCUGGAAUGUGAAACUGAAACACACGUGUGAUUGAUUAUUUUAACAUCUGUUUAGUCUACAAUAGACUAUUUAAUGAUAACUUGAUUCACAUUCCAGCAUAUAUCAGAAAAAUUGAAACAAUUGAAACACUUUCUAUACAGAAUUUUAUUAUUUACAUUGUCAUUAUGCUUAUGUAAAAAGUAAGAAUUGUAUUGAAACGACAUGUUUUUAUAAUCCCGAUUUUUUACAAAAUGUUA